CGCGGCCGCCAGGGCUGGGGGGAGGGAGAGGGGUUGAGUCAAGAUGGCGGCUAAGGUGGCGAUGCAGCAGCACCCGCGGCGGCGGUGGCUGGAGUGAGCGCCCAGCUCGCCGAGCCAAGCCAGGUCCCGAGAUAGGGACGCGCGCCGGGGCUGCGUCCCGCUCCUCAGGCGCGGGGGCGCGCCAGCUACCACGCUCCGUCAGCUCCUGGUGGUUUCCCAGAAACAUGAUUGUUUAUUGGACUUGAUCUCACAGCUUGGUGAGGACUUCUUUACUGAUAAUGUCAAAUUCAGGUUAUCCUCCCAACCAAGGAGCAUUCAGCACAGAACAAAGUCGUUAUCCUUCCCACUCUGUUCAGUACACCUUUCCCAGCACCCGGCACCAGCAGGAAUUUGCAGUUCCUGAUUAUCGUUCUUCUCAUCUUGAAGUCAGUCAGGCAUCACAGCUCUUGCAGCAACAGCAGCAACAACAGCUUCGCAGACGACCUUCCUUGCUUUCAGAAUUUCACCCAGGUUCUGACAGGCCUCAAGAAAGGAGAACUGGAUAUGAACAGUUUCACCCAGGCCCAUCCCCAGUGGAUCAUGAUUCACUGGAAUCCAAGCGACCACGUCUGGAGCAGGUUUCUGAUUCCCAUUUCCAGCGUGUCAGUGCUGCAGUCUUACCUUUAGUGCACACACUGCCAGAAGGGUUGAGAUCUGCAGAUGCUAAGAAGCAACAGCUCGAAGAAGAAGCAGCUAAACCUCCUGAGCCGGAGAAGCCUGUGUCCCCUCCUCCUGUGGAGCAGAAACACCGCAGUAUUGUCCAAAUUAUUUAUGAUGAGAAUCGGAAAAAAGCAGAAGAAGCUCAUAAAAUAUUUGAAGGUCUUGGCCCAAAAGUUGAACUGCCACUCUAUAACCAGCCAUCAGAUACCAAGGUGUACCAUGAGAACAUCAAGACUGGAGUACCUGCAAGGCGCAUGAUGAAGUAA